GGGGCCAUGGCAGCGGCAGCGGCAGCAGCGGGCACGGUGCAGGGGUCGGGAGGCGCGGUCCCGGCACUACCGAGCGCGCGGCCGCUGUCGGGCACGGCACGCCGCCUGCACCGCGCGCUGAACGCGCUGUUGAGCGAGAGGGAACGCGAGCGCUUCAUCUGCUGUCUGAACGGUUACCGGCGCCGCCGCAACGUCUACGAGCUGGUGCUCGGCCUCGGCCGGCUGCUCGACACCCCCCGCAAACGGCAGCUCCUGCCCCUUCUCCGCCUCGUCAUUCCCCGCUCUGACCAGCUCCUCUUCGACCAGUACACCGCUGAGGGAGCCCAUCCCGUCUGGCCGGCCGGCACGCCCCCAGUGGAUUCUCCAGUUUGUGGCCCAGGACAUGGCAACUUCAGCACUGAUCAAUGGAUAGCUCCACUCUACCAAACCUGGGCGACGAAGGAAAACUGUGGAGAGAUCAGGCAGGUGACACUGAAAAGAAAUAAAACUCACGAGGGUUUGGGCUUCAGUAUCCGAGGUGGCUCAGAACAUGGGGUCGGAAUCUAUGUGUCUCUUGUUGAACAAGGUUCCUUGGCUGAAAAAGAAGGACUUCGGGUAGGCGAUCAGAUUCUCCGAGUGAACGACAAGAUGUUUGACAAAGUUACUCACGCAGAAGCUGUGAAGGUGCUGAAAGGAGCCAAGAAGCUGAUUGUGUGUGUGAGUUCCGUUGGCCGUAUCCCAGGAGGCUAUGUUACCAAUCACGUGUACACGUGGGUGGAUCCCCUGGGUCGAAGUGUUUCACCUCCACCUGCCCUUCUUGGACACAAGAGUAACCUGAGUUGGGAAGAUGAAAGUGAAAGGAGGAGCCAUCUUCAGUUGCUCCGAGAUGGAGAUGAGAAGAAGGUUAACCUUGUCCUGGAAGAUGGCAGGUCCCUGGGCUUGAUGGUGCGAGGUGGUGCAGAGUAUACCCUGGGAAUUUACAUCACCGGUGUGGACCAGGGAUCUGUAGCAGAAGCCACUGGCUUGAAGGUUGGAGAUCAGAUCAUAGAGGUGAAUGGAAGGAGUUUUCUCAAUAUUCCCCAUGAUGAAGCUGUGAAAAUCCUCAAGUCAUCUCACCACCUCAUGUUGACGGUAAAGGAUGUUGGGAGGUUGCCCCAUGCCCGUACUGUGGUGGACGAGACCAACUGGAUCAGUGGCCCAGAAAUGAAUAAAACUGCUGGAAAAGGGGUUACCACAGAAGACACUGGGCAGGCUGCUGUAAAGCCAAUAUUUUACAAGAGUCUGGCGGGGUCGCAGGUCAUGCUGAGCAGCUUGGUGAACCAAGCCCGGGCCAUGCUGGAUGAACAGGCUCGCCAUCUACUGAAUGAGCAGGAGCAAGCCACGAUGGCCUAUUAUCUUAAUGAAUACACGGAGAGCAACAUAGGUGUUCAGGCAUUGGUAAUGGCCCUCUUUGAGCUUCUGAAUACCCAUGCAAAGUUCUCCCUGCUGUCAGAAGUCCGAAGUAUAAUUACUCCUCAGGAUUUGGAUAGAUUCGAUAGCUUGGUACUGAGGCGUGAGAUUGAGUCAAUGAAAACUCGACAGAACUCUAGCAUCGGAACAGAUUCCUACUCUGCCUUGUCCUAUGGAGAGACAGCUUCAUCUUCUGGCAGUUACUAUACAUCUACCACCCUCAGUUCUGCCAGGAAUGACACAGAUCUCAUGGCAACUGGCACCCAGCUGCAGGGAGAUGCUGGAAGUUUGCCUGAUAUCUCUCUGGACAAUGUGCAGUUAUUUACUGAGAAUUCAUCUGACUUGAUAUCUGCUCCACCAGAGUCUCCCAACCCUGCCUUUCCACAGACGAUCAGGGACGCACCAAACUGGAGCUCCUCAGAGUCAUCGCAUUCUGGCCUCUUCUUCGUAGCUCCUCGAAGCCCUUCAUUAACCACUACAAAUAUUGACAGCGAUGCCACAAGUGACCGUACAUCCCUCACCUCAUCCUCUAUCAUUUCAUUGGAUGAGUCUAUUUGUGUGACCCAACCUAAAGACGUGAAAACACCAAGUCCGGGUAAUGAUAUGCUGCCACAACUUGCUCACGUCACCCAGCACCUCAUUGGGCCCUUCCCCAGGGUCAGGUCUCCAGCCCAACUGCCUUCACUUUCAUCGUCACCUCCUGUGUCUUGUCCCAUCUCGACAGACAAGUCAGAAUCACAGUUGGCAGCAACCAAUCAGCACUUUGUCAUGGUGGAGGUGCAUCAAGCCAACAGUGAACCUGAUGUCAAUGAAGUUCGAACAUUACCCCACUCCCGAGCAGCCGCUGCCUUGUGUCAGUUAUCUGACACUGGACAAACCCUCAGCGAGGACAGUGGGGUGGAUGUUGCUGAAAUGACAGGCAAUGGUAAAGGCGCAGAUCUGGGUCCUGCAAGCAGCAAAGUGACCAGUGACCUGGCGAGGAACAGGACUGACCCAGAGGGCCUCUCCAAACCACCUGGCCUCCUAGAGCCAACCUCAGUCCUAGUGAGGGUCCCCAAGAGUGCACCCACCCUGGGCAUUGCCAUUGAAGGAGGGGCAAACACACGGCAGCCUCUGCCCCGCAUUGUUACCAUUCAGUGUCACACCACCCCCUCUGCUUACCUGCCAGUCCUUUCGAUACAAUGUGUAUCCUUGGACAUUAAGCUCCCAGCUAUAACCUUCUUUCAGCCAUGAUUCAGUGAUGCCUGCAACAUCAUACUUGGUGAUCUGUAACUGUGUUUCAAGUUCAUCUACCUUAUUCUGUAUAUUGUGCACAUUCAAAUAUAACACCUUCAGUCCUUUUUGAUUUUGUCCACCUUUUACAUUACAACUCUUCUUGUUGACUGUUAUUUUGCCCUGUCAUCAACUUCUCUUUGCUAGGAGUCUCAGUACACAUUGCCUCUGUUUGUAAUCCAGCUACCUCAUCCUUGGCACUAUCUCCCUUUCUCCCAAGGACUUUCGUCCCAUGAUCCUUUCCCUUCUCUAGCUCUAUAUCACUUUUGCCAAUCACCUUUCUGGCUCUCAGCUUCACCCCACCCCUUCCGGUUUUCUCCUAUCAUUUCACAUUUUCCCCUCCCCCUCCUACUUUCAAAUCUCUUACUAUCUUUCCUUUCAAUUAGCCCUGAUGAAGGGUCUCGGCCUGAAACGUCGACAGUGCUUCUCCCUAUAGAUAUUGCCUGGCCUGCUGCAUUCCACCAGCAUUUUGUGUGUGUUGCUUGGCACUACCAGUCUGGUUCCCAUCCCUCUGACAAACAUCUCUAAUAGGUAGGAGUCCAUGUAUGUGUAGGGUCUUCCUGCAUCAUUACCUUACAGGUUGGUACUACUCUGACCUACAUCAUUAUCAUACAGGUAGGUACUACUCGCAACAAGUACGGUCCACAUCGAGGAGCCAUACACCGAUAAAUGCAUAAAAGUCCAACUGGGUUCAAAAACACAAAGUUUCAGAACUAGUGCUCAGGUUACUGAUGCAGGGACACACGUUUGAACCACAUGGAAGAAUUUUGGAAAUGACAGCUAGAUAGUUGCUGGUGUACUGACCUGAAUCUGUCCAGCAAGUAAUUCGGGUGAAAGGUAUAACUGGCCUAGUGCACACGCUGUCCUGUAAACAGUUGAUCAAACUUGAAGCAGUAAGAGUGUGAAAAACUGCGCUAUUCAGUUUGGUGAAAGCUGAUGCUCAUAACUCACCACAUCAAAAUGUCCGCCCAGUUCCAGACUCCAGCCCAAGGAGGCAAAUUCAUUAGGUGAACAGACAAGAGGUUCUAUGAGUGAGAACAAGUUUCCUAGAUGGUAUGUUGCCUCCCAGAUGCCAGGGCCCGGGAUAUCUCAGCAUUCUUAAGUGCAAGGAUGAAUUGUUUGAAAUCAUGGGCCAUGUAGAUACUAAUGACCUGGUUAGGACAAGUGACGAGGUUCUGCAUAGGGAGUUCAUGGAGUUAGGUGUUAAGUUAAAGGGCAGGACCACCAAGGGUUGUGAUCUCAGGGUUGCUAACUGUGCCACGUGCUAGUGAGAUCAGAACUAUGAUCAUUAUACAGUUUAAUACAAGACUAACGAGUUGGUGUAGGAGGGAGGACCUAAGAUUUUUGGAACAUUGGGCUCUCUUCCAGGGAAGUUGGGACCUGUACAAAAGGGACAGUUUGCACUUAAACUGGAGGGGGACUAAUAUCUUAGUAGGGGGUGGGUGUUAAUGCUGCAAGGUGGGGUUCAAACUAGAGUUGCAGGGGGAUGAGAACCAGAGUGCCAGAACAGUUAGUGGAGAGAUUGUUAAGGCAGAUGUUGGUAAGACUUCACACAAAGUCAGGAAUUGAAAGGUUGAUCAGGGGGUGACUAGUGUCCUAAGCUGCAGAUAUUUCAAUGCAAGAAGUAUUGUAGGAAAGACAGAUGAUAGUACUGAAGAUGAGGUAGUUUACAAACAGAGGCAAUACAUCGCGGGGUAAUGAUGCAGCUCUAUAAAACUCUGGUAAGGCCACACUUGGAGUACUGUGUCCAGUUCUGGUCACCUCACUAUAGGAAGGAUGUGGAAGCAUUGGAAAGGGUACAGUGGAGAUUUACCAGGAUGCUGCCUGGUUUAGAGAGUAUGCAUUAUGAUCAGAGAUUAAGGGAGCUAGGGCUUUACUCUUUGGAGAGAAGGAGGAUGAGAGGAGACAUGGUAGAGGUAUACAGGAUAUUAAGAGGAAUAGAUAGAGUGGACAGCCAGCGCCUCUUCCCCAGGGCACCACUGCUCAAUGCAAGAGGACAUGGCUUUAAGGUAAGGUGGGGGGGAAACUCAAGGGGGAUAUUAGAGGAAGGUUUUCUACUCAGAGAGUGGUUGGUGUGUGGAAUGCACUGCCUGAGUCUGUGGUGGAGGCAGAUACACUAGUGAAAUUUAAGAGACUACUUGACAGGUAUAUGGAGGAAGUUAAGGUGUGGGUUAUAUGGGAGUCAGGGUUUAAGGGUCAGUACAACAUUGUGGGCCGAAGGGCCUGGUUUGCGUUGUACUAUUCUAUGUGAUAUAUUCUAUAGUGAUGAUAGGGCAACAUUGCAGUCCACAAAAUAAGUUACAACAUAAAAAGCGGACAAAAUCAAAAGAGAUUAAUACAGGAUUGACAGUGUUGUAUUUGAGUGUGCGCAGUACGGAAUAAGGUAGAUUAAGUUGCAGAUUGAUAGGUAUGAUGUUGUAGAUAUCACUGAAUCAUGGCUGAAAGAAGAUUACUACUGGGAGCUUAAUGUCCAAGGAUACACAUUGUAUUGAAAGGACAGGCAAGAAGGCAGAAGGGGCAACAUAACUGUUGGUAAAAGAUUAUCUCAAAUCUUUAGGAGGUGUCACAGGGUUGGAAGAUGUUGAAUCAUUGUAGAUUGAGCUAAGGAGCUGCAAAGGUAAAAAGACCCUGAUGGGAGUUGUAUACAGACUCCAAACAGUAGAAAGGAUGUGGUCUACAAAUUACAACAGGAGAUGGAAGAUGCAUGCCAAAAGGGCAAUGUUACAAUGGUCAUGGGGGAUUUCAAUAUGCAGGUAGACUGGAAGAUGGUUUUGCUGAACACCUACGCUCUGUCCGCCAGAGAAAGCUGGAUCUCCCAGUGGCCACACAUUUUAAUUCCACAUCCCAUUCCCAUUCUGAUAUGUCUAUCCAUGGCCUCCUCUACUGUCAAGAUGAAGCCACACUCAGGUUGGAGGAACAACACCUUACAUUCCAUCUGGGUAGCCUCCAACCUGAUGGCAUAAACACUGAUUUCUCUAACUUCCGUUAAUGCCCAUCCUCCCCUUCUUACCCCAUCCCUGAUUUAUUUAUUCCCCCCCUUUUUUUCUCUCUCUGCCCAUCACUCUUUGCCUAUUCUCCAUCUCCCUCUGGUGCUCCCCUCCCUCUUUCUUUCUCCCUAGGCCUCCCAUCCCAUGAUCCUUUUCCUUCUCCAGCUCUAUAUCGCUUUUGCCAAUCACUUUUCCAACUCUUAGCUUCACCCCACCCCAUCCUUUCUUCUCCUAUCAUUUCAGAUUUCCCCCUCCCCCUCCCCCUCCUACUUUCAAACCUCUUACUAUCUUUCCUUUCAGUUAGUCCUGACGAAGGGUCUCGGCCCGAAACGUCAGGACAGUGCUUCUUCCUAUAGAUGCUGCCUGACCUGCUGUGCUCCACCAGCAUUUUGUGUGUGUUGCUUAGAUGAUGGAAUUGAUGGCUUUGUUGUAAAGUUUGCAGACAAUAUGAAAAUAGGUGGAUGGCUAGGUAGUUUUGACGAAGUAGAGAGACUACAGAAGGACUUAGAUAGGAGAAUGAGCAAAGAAAUAGCAUAUGGAAUACAGUGUCGGGAAGUAGUAUUGGAAAAUGCACUUUGGUAGAAGAAAUGAAAGGGUUGACGGUUCUCUAAAUGCAGAGAAAAUAACAAAAAAAAACCUCAGGUGCAGAAGGACUUGGGAGUCUUUGCACAUGAUUCCUUAAAGGUUGAGUCUGUGUUGAGGAAGGCAAAUGCAAUGUUAGCAUUCAAUUCAAGAGGACUAGAAUAUAAAAGCAAGGAUGUAAUGUUGAGACUUUAUAAAGUACUGGUGAGGUUUCACUUGGAAGUUUGUGUGCAGUUUUAGACCCCUUAUCCUAGAAUGGAGUGAAACUGGGGAGGGUUCAAAGGGGAUUCAUGAAAAUAAUUACAGUAUUAAAUGGCUUGUCAGAUGAAGAGUGUUUGAUGGUUCUGGGCUUGUAUUCACUGCAAUUUAGAAGACUGGUGACCUUAUUGAAACCUACUGAAUGGUGAAAUGCCUUGAUAGAGUAGACAUAGAGAGGAUGUUUCCUAUCAUGGGAGUCAAAGGCCAGAGGAUGCAGCCCAGAAUAGAGGCUCAUCGUUUUAGAAUGGAGAUGAUGAGGAAUUUUGUUAGCCAGAGAGCAGUGACUCCAUAUCUCAAGGUCUUAUGGUAUCACAUUGAUUCCUGAAGAAGGGCUAAUCUCAGGGACAUCAGCUCAAACUUCUUUACACACCAAUUACCUCACAGGAAAGGUCUCGCCAUUUCAAGACUAAGUAUUGUUGCUGUUGUUCCAUCAAAUAACCCCCUGGGGUGUAAAAGGUGCUUCGAUCAUUGUCUAGCUCCUCUAGUCAUGCAUGUGCUGCUGGCUGACAGCCCAUGCCAGUCGACAUCUGGAUAUCAGCUGCUCCCUUCUGUGCCGGACAGCACUUGCCAAGUAUUCCCAUAACUGGUGUGGUUCUGAGUUUGGUUUCGGAUGGACAGGAGGAAAUUCUUCCCAGUAUCUAAAACAAAAGCAAGGAAUGCAGCAGGACAGUCCUCUAUCAGUCAAUGUGAAGGGUCUCAAUCCCUGCCUCACUCUACUGACCCCACCCCACUGAGUUCCUCCAGCAGAUUUCAGUGUCUCUAGUUUCUUGAGUCUCCACGUUACCCAGCAUCUGCCUAUCCUGCAAAUGCUUUAGAUUAAGGUGUUGAAUGGAUACCAUUCCUUCAGGUCUUUUACCGUAAAGGUCAGGAGGAAAUGAAGUGAUUUACUUCUCACUAUGUUCGGGAAUGGGAGUGUCCUGAACCUCAUUGUGAAUGUUAUGGCCUGAUAGAAAGUUUAUAGAAUACAUGAAUCUGAUAGAAUUCAGAUGUAUGUAACUCUACAAAGUGAACAUCUUGCGAGUUACCUCUAUCAGUAUUCUAAGGAGACAUAGUGCAAUAGUGAGAAUAGGAAUAGAAUGAGGUGGAGGAUAAAUGUGUAGCUGAGGGAUUGGAGCAGGGGGCAGGGAUUCAGAUUUCUGGAUCAUUGGGACCUCUUUUGGGGCAGGUGUGACCGGUACAAAAAAGACAGGUUGCACUUGAAUCCCAGGGGGACCAAUAUCCUGGCAGGGAGGUUUACUAAGGCUACUGGGGAGAGUUUAAACUAGAAUUAUUGGGGGUGACAACUGAAUUGAAGCGACUGGGGAAAAGGAGGUUGGCUCACAAAUAGAGAAAGCUUGUAGACAGUGCAGGAGGGAGGAUAGGCAGGUGAUAGAGAAGGGAUGUGCUCAGACCGAAGGUUUGAGAUGUGUCUAUUUUAGGAGUGUUGUGAACAAAGCAGAUGAGCUUGGAGUGUGGAUCAGUACUUGGAGAUAUGAUGUGGAGGCCAUUACAGAGACUUGGAUGGCUCAGGGGCAGGAAUGGUUACUUCAAGUGCCAGGUUUUAAAUGUUUCAGAAAGGACAGGGAGGGAGGCAAAAGAGGUGGGGGUGUGGCACUGUUGAUCAGAGAUAGCGUCACACUGCAGAAAAGGUGGACGCCAUGGAGGAAUUGUCUAUGGAGUCUCUGUGGUGGAGGUUAGGAACAGGAAGGGGUCAAUAACUUUACUGGGUGUUUCUUAUAGGCCGCUCAAUAGUAACAGGGAUAUUGAGGAGCAGAUCAGGAAACAGACCCUGGAAAGGUGUAAUAAUAAGAGUUGUUGUGAUGGGAGAUUUUAAUUUCCCAAAUAUCGAUUGGCACCUCAAGUCACAUCAAGUCGCUUUUUAUUGUCAUUUCGACCAUAAGCUGCUGGUACAGUACACAGUAAAAACGAAACAACUUUCCUCCAGGACCAUGGUACGACAUGAAGCAAGACAAAACUACACUAGACUACAGACCUACACAGGACUACAUAAAGUGCAUAAAACAGUGCAGGGCAGAACAAUAAUUAAUUAAUUAAUUAAUAAUUAAUAAACAAGGCAAUAGGCACAGUAGAGGACAAAUUUCAAUAUAAUAAUAAAUGAUGUCGAUGUCAGUCUAGAAACUGAGUAUUGAGGAAUCUGAUGGCUUGGGGGAAGAAAAUGUUGCACAGUCUGGUCAUCAGAGCCCGAAUGCUUUGGUACCUUUUGCGAGAUGACAGGAGGGAGAAAAGUUUGUAUGAGGGGUACGUGGGAUCCUUCACAAUGCUGUUAGGUUUGCAGGUGCAGCAUGUGGUGUAAAUGUCUGUAAUGGCGGAAAGAGAGACCCCAAUGAUCUUCUCAGCUGACCUCACUAUCCACUGCAGAGUCUUGUGUUCUGAGACGGUGCAGUUCCUGAACCAGGCAGACAUGCAGCUGCUCAGGGUACUCUCGAUGUAUCCUCUGUAGAAUGUUGUGAGGAGAUGGACUUUUCUCAGCCUUCGCAGAAAAUAGAGAUGCUACUUAGUGUAGAUGGGGUAGAGUUUGUUAGGUGCUUUCAGGAAAGUUUCUUGACACAGUAUGUAGAUAAGCCUACAAGAGGAGAGGCUGUACUUUGGUUUGGUAUUGGAAAAUGAACCUGGUCCGCUGUCAGAUCGUUCAGUGGGAGAGCAUGGGAGAGUGGGAGAUAGUGAUCUUAAUUCUAUCUCCUUUACAAAAGCAUUGCAGAGAGAAAGGAACAGACAAGUUAGAAAAGCAUUUAAUUGGAGUAAGGGGAAUUAUGAGGCAUUCAGGUGGGAAAUUGCAAAUAGAUGUUCUCAGGGAAAAGUACAGAAGAAAUGUGGCAAAUGUUCAGGGGAUAUUUGUGUGGAGUUCUGCAUAGGUACGUUCCAAUGAGACAGGGAAGUUAUGGUAGGGUACAGGAACUGUGGUGUACAAAGGCUGUAAUAAAUCUAGUCAAGAAGAAAAGCUUACAGAAAGAUUCAGGGAGCUAGAAGAUUAUAAGGCUAAUAGGAAGGAGCUUAGGAAGGAAAUUAGGAGAGCCAGAAGGGGCCAUGAGAAGGCCUUGGCAGGCAGGAUUAAGGAAAACCCCAAGGCAUUCUACAAGUAUGUGAAGAGCAAGAGGAUAAGACGAGAAAGAAUAGGACCUAUCAAGCGUGACAGUGGGAAAGUGUGUAUGGAACCAGAGGAAAUAACGGGUACUUAAUGAAUACUUUACUUCAGUAUUCACUAUGGAAAAGGAUCUUGGUGAUUGUAGUGAUGACUUGCAACAGACUGAAAAACUUGAGCAUGUAGAUAUAAAGAAAGAGGAUGUGCUAGAGCUUUUGGAAAGCAUCAAGUUGGACAAGUCAUCGGACUGGAUGAGAUGUACCCCAGGCUACUGUGGGAGGCGGGGGAGGAGAUUGCUGAGCCUCUGGCAAUGAUCUUGGCAUCAUCAAUGGGGACAGGAGAGGUUCCGGAGGAUUAGAGGGUUGUGGAUGUCAUUCCUUUAUUCAAGAAAGGGAAUAGAGAUAGCCCAGGAAAUUGUAGACUAGUGAGUCUUAUCUCAGUGGUUGGUAAGUUGAUGGAGAAGAUCCUGAUUUAUGAACAUUUGGAGAUGUAUAAUAUGAUUAGGAAUAGUCAGCAUGGCUUUAUCAAGGGCAGGUUGUGCCUUAUGAGCCUGAUUGAAUUUUUUGAGGAUGUGACUAAACACUUUGAUGAAGGUAGAGCAGUAGAUAUAGUGUAUGUGGAUUUCAGCAAGGCAUUUGAUAAAGUACCUCAUGCAAGGCUUAUUGAGAAAGUAAGGAGGCAUGGGAUCCAAGGAGAUAUUGUUUUGUGGAUCCAGAACUGGCUUGCUCACAGAAGGCAAAGAGUGGUUGUAGAUGGGUCAUAUUCUGCAUGGAGGUCGGUGACCAGUAGAGUGCCUCAGGGAUCUGCUCUGGGACCCCUUCUCUUUGUGAUUUUUAUAAAUGACCCAGAUGAGGAAGUGGAGGGAUGGGUUAGUAAAUUUGCUGAUGACACAAAGGUUGGGGGUGUUGUGGACACUGUGGAGGGCUGUCAGAGGUUACAGUGGGACAUCGAUUGGAUGUAAAACUGGGCUGAGAAGUGGCAGAUGGAGCUCAGCCCAGAUAAGUGUGAAGUGGUUCAUUUUGGUAGGUCAAAUAUGAUGGCAGAAUAUAGUAUUAAUGGUAAGACUCUUGGCAGUGUGGAGGAUCAGAGGGAUCUUGGGGUCUGAGUCCAUAGGACACUCAGGGCAGCUAUGCAGGUUGACUCUGUGGUUAGGAGGGCAUACGGUGCAUUGGCCUUCAUCAAUCGUGGAAUUGAAUUUAGGAGCCGAGGGGUAAUGUUGCAGCUAUAUAGGACCCUGGUCAGACCCCACUUGGAGUUCUGGUUGCCUCACUACAGGAAGGAUGUGGAAGCCAUAGAAAGGGUGCAGAGGAGAUUUGCAAGGAUGUUGCCUGGAUUGGGGGGCAUGCCUUAUGAGAAUAGGUUGAGUGAACUCGCCCUUUUCUCCUUGGAGCGACAGAGGAUGAGAGGUGACCUGAUAGAGGUGUAUAAGAUGAUGAGAGGCAUUGAUCGUCUCAGAGGCUUUUUCCCAGGGCUGAAAUGGUUGCCACAAGAGGACACAGGUUUAAGGUGCUGGGGAGUAGGUACAGAGGAGAUGUCAGGUGUAAGUUUUUUAACUUAGAGAGUGAUGGGUGCAUGGAAUGGACUGCCAGCAACGGUGGUGGAGGCAGAUACGAUAGGGUCUUUUAAGAGACUUUUGGAUAGGUACAUGGAGCUUAGAAAAAUAGAGGGCUAUGGGUAAGCCUAGUAAUUUCUAAGGUAGGGACAUGUUCAGCACAAGUUUGUGGGGCGGAGGGCCUGUAUUGUGCUGUAGGUUUUCUAUGUUUCUAUUUCACAGUUCAGGGUUAAUUCAUAUCUGAAGAUUAGACAGGACUUUGUGGGGUGGAGGGCCUGUAUUGUGCUGUAGGGUUUCUAUUUCACAAUUCAGGGUUAGACAGGACUCUUACAUCUGGGUUGUCUGUAAGUGACCUCUGUCAUCUUUCCAGAGGGGAGGAUCAGCACAUAACUGCGGAAAGCUGAAAGUCGGCCACGUGAUUUUGGAGGUUAAUGGACUGCCACUUCAAGGAAAAGAACAUAAAGAAGCAGCAAGACGUAUUGCAGAAGCAUUUAAAACCAAGGACAGGAACU